AUGUCUUCGCCAAAUGAUGUCAGUAUGGAAGAAAUACUGCUGGAAGAUGAUGAGCAAGACAGCAUAGAAUACAAGAUCCUAAUGGCCUAUGCCCAGCGUCGUUUGUCUGUCAGUAAAUAUAGGAAACUUCUGAAAAAUGAGGCUAAUGUGCAGAAUUCAUCAUCGUUAAUCAGGAGAAAAGUGGAGAUUGACCAUCAAAGGGAUAAAGAUGGACCAAGCCGAAGAAUAGUUUAUCAGGGUGGCAUGACUGAACAGCACAGAAAAAAGCAAUCAAAAAGAAAAUACUUGCCAGGAUAUUGUCUACCUUUUCCCUGCAGAAGAGCAGAACAGGAAAAGUCCCCAGCGCCGUCAUUGCACCAAGGUCAUUGCACCAAGGUUUGUGAGGCACAAUCUGAGAUUGUUCUACAAGGGAAUCCUCAGCAUCAGACAAGUGAAACAGCAGAUGUCAACCACAUUGCAGACAAGCUUGCCAAGCUUGUUACUUCCAGAUCCCAGGAAUCUCCUUCAGAUGUGUCAUUCAAGAUAAUGUUUCAGAGCCCAUGUCAGGAAGAAGACGAUACUGGGCCUACUGAUGAAACUGAGGGUGAUGAACGUGAUGAAGAAAAGAUAAUACAAACAAUAGUUUCACUGCUAAGACAAUCAGGGGACCAACUAGAAGAAAAGAUCAAAAAGGACAGGGUUUUCUACCACCAUUUUAAAGACAUGCUGUCCUACACCUUCUUCAAGAGGAUCACUGAUUUGUUCCUGGAGGAUGUCUCAGCAGUUUCAACAAGUGAGCCAGGACACCAAGUACAAUGCACGAAAGUUGCCUUUACAAUGGAAGUUGCCACCAGACUUACGGCUGUGGACAACCAUCCUAUGAACCUGGUCUUGGGCUUUGGAUCAAAGUACCUCAGAGAACACUUCAAGCCAUGGAUUCAGGAGCAGGGUGGCUGGGAGAAGGCUUUGACUUCACUGGAUGAGGAAGAAGUAGAGUAA